GAGUGACACUGACAGUCUGAUAAACUAAACUUAUUCAGCAUAUCAAAUUAUCAAACCAAACAACUCUAAUUUGCUACUGGUACUUACUAUACUGAUUGCAGAAGAUAGUGCUUUUAUUUUUGAAUAAAUUACUGCGAGGGAUGCUGGAAAUAUAACUUUUGUCACUUCUUUUAGCUCAUAAAAAUCAUAAAGUAAAGCGGAUUCAAAUAGUAAUAUAUCUUUCGGUAGCCUCACCAUAAAACACGAUGUCUGGUAAAAAGUGCAAGCAUUGCGGUUCCUCUGAGAUAGAAGUAGACCCGGCGCGAGGUGAUGCUGUGUGCACGAACUGUGGUUCAGUGCUUGAGGAUAACAUAAUAGUUUCAGAAGUUGAAUUUCAAGAAAACGCACAUGGUGGCUCUUCAGCUAUUGGUCAAUUCGUAUCCGCUGAGUCAAAAGGUGGAGCUUCGGGAUUCGGAAGAGCUUGUGUAGGCAUAGGACAAGAGUCCCGAGAGGUUACAUUGAGAAAAGCGAGAGAAGGCAUCACAGCUCUUUGUCAACAACUUCGUCUUAAUCAGCAAUGCAUUGAUAUUGCCUGCAAUUUUUUUAAGAUGGCAUUGUCUCGUCACUUAACAAUUGGAAGACCAGCUAACCUUACACAAGCAGCUUGUGUGUACAUGACCUGCAGAACAGAAGGCACUGCACAUCUCUUGAUUGACAUAAGUGAUGCACUUCAAAUAUGCUGCUACCAACUUGGACGUAUCUACUUCAAGUUGUCCCGCAAACUUUGCAUCAACAUACCUCCUACAGAUCCCUGUCUAUACAUAUUACGGUUCGCGUCGCAGCUGCAGUUCGAUGUAAAGCAGCAUGACGUGAGCAUGACAGCAUUGCGAUUGGUGCAGAGGAUGAAGAGAGAUUCCAUACAUUCCGGUCGACGACCAUCGGGGAUUUGUGGUGCAGCGCUACUAAUAGCAGCUCGUCUACAUGACUUCUCAAGAACACCAGCAGAUGUGGUACGGAUAGUCAAAGUGCAUGAAUCGACGCUUAGGAAGCGGUUACUAGAGUUUGGUGAGACGCCCUCUAGUGCCCUCACACUAGACGAGUUUAUGACCGUUGACUUGGAAGAGGAACAAGACCCACCAGCAUUCAGAGCUGCGAGGAAAAAGGAUAAGGAAAGACUACAAAAGUUAAUGGAAGAAGAGGACGGUGAGAGGGAACUUACUGAGUUGCAGAAAGAGAUAGAAUUACAAUUAGACAGAGACAAUUCUAGGCGAAGGAAGGCUGCCACCGCCACCACUAUAUCGCCAGUAAGCAUCGACGAAGUUUCAACUGAGGACGUAGAAGCCUCCAGGUUCGCGGCGGAGGACACGCUGGACUUGCUCGGCGAACUUGCUCGGGAGACAGACGGAGCCACGGGAGACCGCACACAGAACAAGAUCAGAUUUGAAAAAGGACUCGGUCCAGAUUUAGCGCUGAUCGGGUUAGGUCAACCUGAGGAGAAAGACAAAUUCGUAAAGCCAGAGCCUAAGUCCCAGUUCAGCAAGGAUCUGCAGGCGGAGGAGCUGCAGCUGAGCGAGCGCGACGAGGAGUACGUCAGCUCACUCAUCAUGAGCGAGGAGGAGGCGCGUCUCAAGACCAGGCUGUGGAACAACUUGAAUGCUGGAUACUUGAAGGAACAAAAAAUAAAAGACGAAAUACGAGCCAAAGAAAAGGAGGAAGGCAAGAAGAAGAAAGUCCGUGGAUCUUACAAGAAGAAAGUAGCAUUGAACGCGGCGACCGCGGGGGAGGCUAUUGAGAAGAUGUUGGCGGAAAAGAAGAUGAGUUCCAAGAUCAAUUACGAUAUACUGAAGAGCCUCGAUCAGCCCGGCUCGCUAAUUACUGCCAGCACCACGGUCCCCACCACGCCCUCUGCACCGGACACGCCCACAGUGCCGACCACGCCCACUGUGCCCACUACACCCGCGAGGAUUGUUAAUGUAGACGAAUCCAAGCUAGCGACGCCAAAGGAGACAGUUGCCCCGUCGCCUGUGCCUCGCAAACGCAAGAAGAAGGAUAAAGCAGCCACGCCCUCCGCCCCGCCCCCGCCCAGCCCCAAGCCCGCCCCGCCCACACCCAAACCCGCGCCUGAAACUGAAAUAGCGGAUGACUAUGAUGAGGAUCUAGAGCCGGAGGUGCCCGAGGUCAACAAUGAGAUGUCACUCGCCGCCAUGUUGCAAAAUGGCGACGACGAUGAUUAUUAUGGUUAUGACGAAUAUUGAAAUAUCAACUAUCGUUCAUUAAGUUGGUAAAGUAAUUACACACUUAUGUAAAACUUCAGCUCAAAAAAUAAUCGGGAAAAGGACCAAAUUUAAUUUGCAAGAUAAACAUCAGAUAAACAUCGGGACAGGUAAAGCUAGUAAUGGUAUCCCACCUUCAAUAUUUCGUGUAAAAUUCGUCGCCAGGACAUAAUUUUUUACUCCAAUACCCCGUAAAUGGGCUAUAUUGUAAGAAUAUUCCUGUUGGUAUACAUUUUUAGAAUUAAAU